AUGACAGAAGCGUUCACCAACACAGACCUCCAGGGUGCAUUGCCUCUCGUCGCCCGGGGUAAGGUCCGCGACUUGUACGAAGUUGACGAAAAGACCCUUCUCUUCAUUGCGACUGAUCGCAUCUCCGCCUACGAUGUGAUUAUGGAGAAUGCGAGUCUUCCCUUCUCACCAGCAAUCAAUGGUGUCCCGAACAAAGGUGUCCUCCUGACUCUCUGCACACAAACGUGGUUCAAGACCCUGACUGAGGCCAUUCCCUCGUUGCGCACGCAUUUCCUUACUCUCGAUCUCCCGCCGCAAAUCCCCGAGUCGUUGCGGCCGGUGCUCCAAAACCGGAGCAUGCAGGUGCGCAAGCUGAAGAUUCUCCCUAUCGAGGCUAUUGUUCGUGGAUACAUUACUGGUUCUGCGUGGAAGGAAUACCAAAAGUCGGGUACUGUGCAUGGUAUCAAGAUUGCUCCCGGGUUGCAGGAGAGCGAGUCCUUCCCCGAUGGACCUAUCUACACCCCCAGCACCAAGGCUGAGCAGGGUGAGCAUGAUGAGAACAUUCACCCAGACCAAGCCGUUAACAUCAUCGGCGAACCCUACGCCUCCGCAAUCGCCUCCCUCUCCAUUCAACUCUACAAGGCCGCCCAUGCCUACGCACUUGAACGCGGCGUCAUUAUCGCAGACACGAAGUUCGAAUUCGGAUUAGACCUGGAGACCAACGAAAUCGUGCUGGCAGAUGAAGUUCUGACUCCCGACUCGUCCCGCUUCUGGCCCAAGGAUUCUUACAAGAUUGGCUGUGGUCAGUCGAGCUUUGACAAGCAGUACUUGCGAGACUGGCUUGUCCAGGAGGGAUUGAAAGGCAAGGAGGGUGUUCGGAUGAGCGAGGAGGUUGCACAGAAGACUAGCGAGAAGUACAAGGAGGCGUGGGAGAAGAUCACUGGCGGUAACUAG